CGAUGUUGCACAACUCUUGCUGUCUGUAGGAAGAUGAACAACAUGGAGACGGUGUGCGCUGCGCUUGUUGUGGUUCUAAUCUUGAUUUUGCUGUUUUUCGUGAAGUUUCCGUAUUUCCUGCAUGACUGCGUGUUCAUAAUGAAAACCCUUGGGAUCAGGUCAAAGCGCAUGAAGUUCCGUGGGAGUUCUCCGUUCUACACGGUGCUCGACUGCUUUCUGGAUGCAGUGCACAGACACCCACACAAACCCUUUCUUGUUUUCGAGGAUGAUGUGUACACAUACCUGCAGGUGGACCGCUGGAGCAACAGGGCAGCACACGCACUGCAUACACACACCACGCUGCGCCAGGGAGAUACGGCCACGCUGCUCCUGGGCAAUGAACCAAACUUCAUCUUCCUCUGGCUCGGACUCCUGAAGAUCGGAUGUUCUAUCUCGCUUCUCAACACCAACAUUCGGGGGAAAUCACUAAUGCAGUGCUUCCUGUGUUGUGAGUCAAAAGUUCUGAUUGCAGGGGAAGAGUAUCGGAGUGCAGUGUGUGAGGUGCUGCCAGAGUUACGAGAACGUGGCGUGUGUGUUUUCCUGUUGUCCGAUUGGUGUGACAUAGAUGGACUUCAGUCUCUGAAAGACAAGAUGGACAACAGUGACGAUGGACCCGUGAGUCGCACGCUGAGAGCUAACGUCACUAUGAGGAGCCCUGCUGCGUACAUCUAUACAUCAGGAACUACAGGUCUCUCUAAAGCAGGUGUUAUACUUCACGACCGAAUAUGGAGUGGUACUUUCUUCCAGUCUCUGUUUGGUGUCAAGCACGACGAUGUCAUCUACAUCCCCAUCCCCCUCUACCAUGCUGCAGGACUGAUCAUUGGCCUGCUGGGGGCAAUAGAGAGGGGAAGCACAGUGGUGUUGAGGAGGAAGUUCUCAGUGUCUCAGUUCUGGAGCGACUGCAGGAAGUACAAUGUGACGGUCAUCCAGUAUAUCGGAGAGAUCAUGCGCUACCUCUGUAACACACCCAAGAGAGAGACAGACCGGCAGCACACGGUGCGAAUGGCCAUCGGAAACGGACUUCGCACUGACAUCUGGCAAGAAUUUCAGCGCAGGUUUGGUGUGAAACACAUUAAAGAGUUCUACGGUGCCUCUGACGGGAACAUUGGCUUCUUGAACUACACGGGGAAAGUGGGCGCUGUGGGCAAAGUGAACUUCCUCUCCAGGAAACUGACCCCUCAUGCACUGAUUCAGUACGACCCUGAGACAGAGCAGCCGGUGCGGGACAGCAGGGGGCGCUGUGUCCCCGUCCUUACAGGUGAAACAGGGCUCCUGGUGUGUAAGAUCACUGAGUUCACUCCGUUUGAGGGGUACGCAGGAAAUCCGGAACAAACAGAGAAGAAGAAGCUGCGUAAUGUGUUUGAGGAGGGAGAUGUUUAUCUGAACAGUGGAGACUUGAUGAGGAUGGACCACCAGGGCUUCAUCUACUUCCAGGACCGGGUUGGAGACACUUUCAGAUGGAAAGGAGAGAACGUGGCCACCACUGAAGUGGCUGACAUUAUUUCAGUGAUGGAUUUUGUUAAAGAUGUGAGUGUGUAUGGUGUCGAGGUUCCAGGUCACGAGGGGCGUGUCGGCAUGGCAGCACUGACACUAAAGGAAAAGAGAGAGUUUGACUGCAAAAAAGCUUUCAAUCACGUCACCAACUUCCUGCCUGCGUACGCUCGGCCACGCUUCAUACGCAUCCUGAGGAGCAUGGAGCUGACUGGGACAUUUAAACAAGUGAAAACCUUUCUGAUGAAGGAUGGAUUUGAUCCUGAUAGAGUGGCUCCGCCCAUUUACUUCCUGCAGGAGACCAGCGAGAGCUAUGUCCCCCUCACACACACACACUACAACGCUAUCAUGUCAGGGAAGAUCCACGUCUGAACACGCACACACACAGAGAACAAGCCUCUUCAUUGGACAGAACUUUGGCCACGCCUCCUUCACUGUGAUUUGAACUCAAGUUUAAAAUUGAAAAAAGGAAUUGAUCGAAUAAAUUGUAUAAAUGAAGUUUUGUAAUGAAAAAGAUUUGUAACAGUUGAAUAAAUUAAUAUUCAGUAAGA